AUGGAUUGUCUGCUUCCUGAUCAUAGGGAUCUUGGAAGGUGUGUGGGAGUUCGCCAAACCAAUCUACACGUGUUUUGUGGAUUUGAAGAAGACGUUCGACGUCCUCUGGGGGACCUGUGUGGGGUACCCUGGGAGGAUGGGGUGCUUGGCCCUCUGAUACGGGCUGUUAGGUCCCUGAAUGACUGGUGUCAGAUCUUGGUCAGCAUGGCCGGCAAUGAUGUGGUCCUUUUGGCUUCAUCAGAACAUGAUCUCCAGUUUUUGCUGAAGCAGUUUUCAGCCGAGAACAAGGUCCUGCCUCAAGUGCAGGAGUUAAAGCGUCUCGAGUUCUUGUCCACAAGUGUUACCACCCAUGGCUGUCUGAUUUUUUUGUUGCAACCCCACUUUGCACCCCCAUGUGCUCAACAAUGUCUGCUCCAGCACCUAGGACCUCUACAGGUCUUUGGCAUGACCCAACCGGUUUUGAACCAGAUCUCCCAGUCCCAGGGUGGACACUCAACCACUGGACCACUGAGAAGAGAACCUUAUGCCAGAGGAGGAAGAGGAGGGAUUGUUGUGUAUAAAGCUACAGGACUGAAGAUUUCAGCAGGCUCUUCUCUGGUGAUGGAAACUCUGAGAGAAAUGCAGCUCUGUGUGCCACACCUAAACUCCUCCUGCAGGAAGCCCACCCACCCUCACUCUGCAAUUCUGAUGAUAUACAUUCUGCUUUCGUGCAUUUCUUUUAUCACCGUGGCUCUAAACCUACUGGUCAUCAUUUCCAUCUCGCACUUCAGGCAGCUCCACACUCCCACCAACAUCCUUCUCCUGUCUCUGGCUAUCUCAGACCUCCUGGUUGGCCUCUUGCUGAUGCCAGUUGAGAUCAUCUACAUUGAGAUCUGUUGGUUUCUGGGUGACAUCCUGUGCACUCUGUAUUACAUUUCAGAUUACGUCAUCACCUCUGCUUCAGUAGCAAACAUGGUUCUGAUUUCCCUUGACCGUUAUUUAGCCAUUUGUUACCCUCUACAUUAUGCCACCAAAGUUAACAAGAACCGAACCCAGAUCAGUGUCAGUCUGUGUUGGAUCUGCUCUGUUGUAUACAGGCUUUUCCUUUUGCAUGAUCACCUGGAAGAACCUGGUAGGUCCAACACCUGUUUUGGUGAGUGUGUGGUCAUCGUCAGUAACAUUGCAGGAGUAAUUGAUAUGAUUUGCACCUUUAUUUUACCCAUUGUUUUCAUCAUAAUCUUGUAUUUCAGAGUAUUUAUUGAAGCCUUAUCUCAGGCGCGUAGGCUGCGUUGUAAGGUUACAGCUGGCAAACUGGCUUCUGUAACCAUCAGGAAACAAGAGAUGAAAGCUGCCCUGACUCUUGGGGUUGUUGUAGUUGUGUUUUUGUUUUGUUUUUGUCCAUACUAUUUUCCAUCUUUGGAGGGUCAUGACACUUGGGUAAAUGCUUCAUCUGUAGCCUUUGAAACAUGGCUGGCACAUUUGAAUUCCUGUUUGAAUCCUUUCAUCUAUGUCUUUUGCUACCCCUGGUUCAGAAAAUCUAUUAAGCUCAUUUUGACACUUAAAAUACUGCAGCCUGGCUCUCGUGAUACCAAAAUAAUCCACUAAAGACAAAGUGACUAAAGAG